CCCGCCGUGCCCAAGCCCCCCAGGGCUGACGGGCGCCGUGUCCCCUUGCCCAGCGAACAGGUCAGCAGGCGGCAGUCGCAGGUUGACCGGCUGUACGUGUCUCUGAAGGACCUGGUGGAGGAGCGCAAGGUCAAGCUGGAGCAGCAGUACUGGCUCUACCAGCUCAACCGCGAGGUGGACGAGCUGGAGCACUGGAUCGCCGAGAAGGAGGUGGUGGCCGGCUCGCCGGAGCUGGGGCAGGACUUCGAGCACGUCACGCUGCUGCAGGAGAAGUUCCUGGAGUUCGCCAGCGAGACGGGCAGCGUGGGGCAGGAGCGAAUCGCCGCCGUCAACCAGAUGGUGGACGAGCUCAUCGACUACGGCCACACCGACGCCGCCACCAUCGCCGAGUGGAAGGACGGCGUCAACGAGGCCUGGGCCGACCUCCUGGAGCUCAUGGAGACCCGCGCCCAGAUGCUGGCGGCCUCCCACGAGCUCCACAAGUUCUUCAACGACUGCAAGGAGGUUCUGGGCCAGAUCGAGGAGAAGCGUCAGCGCCUUCCGGAGCUGGCGGCGCGCGAGGGCCGCACCUCGGCCGGGGCCCUCCAACGAGCCCUGGGCGCCUUCGAGCACGACGUGGAGGUGCUGGUGACCCAGGUGAGGCAGCUGCAGGAGGGGGCGGCCCAGCUGAGGACCCUCUACGCCGGCGACAACGCCGAGGCCAUCGCGGGCCGCGAGCAGGAGGUGCUGCGGGCCUGGAAGGAGCUGCUGGCGGCGUGCGAGGAGUGCCGGCUGCACGUGGCCAGCGUGGCCGACAAGAUCCGCUUCGUGGGCUCCGUCAGGGACCUGCUGGCCUGGAUGGACGGGGUCAUGCACCAGAUGGGCGCCGGGGAGAAGCCCAG